AUGAAUAUAGAGACGUAUCCGCAUUCACAGUAUCCGACUUCCAUUUUGCAUAUUGAACCCCAUAAUGCUCAUGCUGCUAAACUGGACAGUCCGCUGUUUGUAUGGAUACCCGGUAACCCAGGUCUCCUUGAGUAUUAUGAGGAAAUGCUGAAGAUGAUACACAGGAACAAUCCUGAAUGGGAGAUACUGGGCAUAUCUCACGCUGGGAUGAGCCCUGGUAAUCCAUUGUUGGGAAAAGGCUCUAAAAAUACAAAAAUAUACACACUCGAAGAACAGAUUGAACACAAGAUUGAAGUGGUAAACAACUUCAGUUCACCUGGGAGACCGAUACUUAUAAUGGGCCAUUCUGUUGGGGCAUACAUUAUUCAGAAGGUCAUCAUUUCAAAAUGUUUAAUAGGUCGAGUGAUUAAGCUAGGCAUGCUGACGCCAACAAUUAUAGACAUCCACACCUCAGAAAAGGGAGUAUUAUUCACAAAGUUAUUUCGCUGGGUCAAGAAUUUGCCUCAGCUUGCGGCUUGGGGGAGCGACUUACUGUUCAACAAGAUAGUGCCGAGAUUUUGUAUUAAACCUUUCCUAUCAUUCGUUAUGGGAUGCAAAAGGGAUAGUAGAGCAGUCGACGCUUCGUCUUUGUUACUUCACAAUUCAGGUUUCGUAAUGCAAGCAUUGGGGUUGGCUCAGUAUGAAAUGGAAAUAAUUAGAAGUGAUUGGCAAUUCCAAAGGGAACUACUUGAUCUCUGUCGCACGGAAGAUAUCAGUAUCUGGCUUCUUUUCGGUAAUUCUGAUCACUGGGUGUCUGACGAAACAAGACGACAACUGAUUCAUUUUUACCAAGAGGUGCAUGUCAGGCCCAAUAUAUCUAUACAAGUUUCGAGCGUAAUACCGCACUCGUUUGUGAUUGACCACUCCCAAUAUGUAGUAGAUAAUUAUUUCUGA